AUGCUUGAAUAUUUUAAUAAAUGGAAGAAGAUAGAUGACCUUCCUCCAAUUGCUGAUGAAAUUAAUUUCCAAGAAAAUCAAAAUAUUUAACUAUGUCAAUAAAAUAUGAAUCAAGUAAUUAAGUAAUAAGGCUAGGAGGAAAACGAAAAUAAUUUAAUAUUUCUUGAUCUAAAGGAGUUUGGAAUUUAGGAAUUACAAACAGAAGUCAUAGAAAUGUCUUAAAUCAUUGAAGAGUUCAUGCAAAGGAUAUUCUAAAAAUAUUUGACAUCUAUAGAUACCAAUAAUAUUUAUAUGAUAAAUGAGGGAGGACUAUUGGAUAAAAAACACUAACUUAAUUUUUAUCAUAUUAAAAACAAUUCAAUCAUUAAAUUCAUAAAAAUGAAAUAGACCUAUCCUGAAAAAUGGAUUAUCAUUAUUAAAACUUUGACUGGAAAAACCUUAACGUUAGAAAUAAAUAAUAAAGAUAUGUCUAUUGAAUAGUUGAAGAUGUUAAUACAAAAUAGAGAAGGUAUACCACCCGAUUAAUAAAGAUUGAUAUUUGAAGGGAUACUCUUAUAAGAUGGAAAAAUGCUAUGGGAAUAUAACAUAGGACCUGAAAGUACUCUGUAUCUAACCUUACGUUUAAGAGGUGGUUGUUUUCCUGGAAAUGCUCCAAUAAAACUUUUUAAUGGAAGAACAAAAAUAAUAAAAGAGAUUGAAUUAGGUGAUAUUGUUAUGUGUUAUGAUUUUGAAUAAAAAUAGUUUAAGUCGUCAAUAGUAGUUUUUAAGAAAAUAUCAUCAGAAAAAUAAUAAUUAAUAGAAAUUAUAAGUGAGAAUGGAAGUAUUAUUUGUACUCCUAAUCAUCCUAUUUAUACUUAAACAGGAUGGAAAGCGUUAGAACCACAUCCAAAUUUUUUUAUUGAGAAAUUAACUGUUACUGAUCUUAUAUUUGAUUCUAAUGAAAGAUUAGUAAACAUCCUCUAAAUUAAUUAACUAAAAGACACAGAAAUUGUUUAUAAUAUUACAACUUCAUAUCCAAAUAACUUCAUUGCUUUUGACUUCUUAGUACACAAUAUGAAUAAAAUAUUCAUUUAAAUUAAUGGGUUUAACGAAGAAUUUGAAAUACUACCUUAUUUUUUAGUUUAAAAUUUAAAAGUUAUUAUUGAAAAGAAAAAAGGAAUACCUAUGAUUGAUUAAUAAUUAUAUUAUUAAGGAAUACUAAUGAAAGAUCAUUUUUCAUUAGAAGAUUAUAAGCUAUUACAAAAUGGGACUGAACCAGAUCUGUUAAUAUUAAAAAAAUUGUAAUAUGAAAUUAAUUAGAAUACAAAUAGUGAAACAUGUGUUUCAAUAAUAACACAUAAUUCUUAAUAUCAAUUAUAAAUUAAGAAGAAUCAAAAAAUAGGAAAGAUAAAAAAAAUAUUAGAGUUUGUAGAAUCUAGAGAAUAAAUAGAAAGAUCAUUUAUAUUAUGUAAUGGAAAACCUUUACGGUCUAAAAAUAUAGACGAAAAUAAAACAGAUCUAGCAAAUGUUUAAAGUAUUUUCUUAAUUGAUUAACAAUCUGGAGGGAUUUCUAUGAGAUUUACUUAAGAGAUAAAUGAUCAGUAAGUUUAGACUGCAUCUUAGCUAAAAGAUUCUUUGUAGUGGUUAGGUAAUCCAUAAAUUAAUGAAUUUAUUUAAGCAAAUCUAGAAGAGAUUAAUGGGAAUUAAUAAAAAAAAUAUUAUUAUCAAUAAAUCCCCCUUCCCUGUAUGAUUGCAGUUAGAUUAUAUACGUGUGACUUAAUCUAUAGAAAAUUAAAUAAUGAUUUAAGAACAUCUGAUUAUAGAAGAUGGAAGUAAUACUUAAGAUAUUUAAUGGAAGGUUUUCGACUUAUGAAAUAUUAUAAAGGAGUUGCAUAUCGUGGAAUUAAAGAUUAUUAAAAUACUACACUAUAUAAAAAGGGAAAGAUUGUUUAAUGGAGUGAAGUUACCAGUGUUUCAUUAAAUUAUAAAAUUGCAUAACAUUUCAGUAAUAAUAAAGGAAUGAUAUUUAAUAUUUAACUAAUAAGUGGCAAAGAUAUAUCCAAAAUUUCAAUUUAUGAAGGAGAAUAAGAAUUAAUAAUGUAUCCCUUUUCAACUUUUGUUGUUGAUGAAGUUCAAAUUAAACCAAAUUAACCACAUAUUGUAACAAUGAGAGAAUUACCUUUACCUAGAUCGCAUUGUGUGUUAUUAUGGGUCGAUGACAAUCCCGAAAACAAUUUUAACUAUGCUUACGAAGUAGAAAGAUAAAACAACAAUAUUUCAGUUAUAUUUUGUACAUCCACAAAAGAUGCUAUACUAAUAAUCUCAAAAUAUAACUGGAUGAUAUAUUUAUCGGAAUCUUAAUUUAGAGUUAUUAGUGAUAUGGUAAGAAUAGAAGAUGGUAAACUGAAUUAUAAUGCAGGGAUAGAAUUAUUAAUUCAUUUAUAUUAAAAAAUGAAAUACAAAAAUAGAACUAUCAUAUUUUGUGGAGAUCAAAAGAGAGCUUAGGAAGAGUGCAGAAGUAGAAAUAUACAAGGAAAUUUUGAAAUUACUAAUAAUGAACAUGUUUUGAAAUAGUUUCUUUAAUUUAAUUGA